AAACGAGCUGGGCGCCGGCGCCUGACCUCUGACUCUCGCUCCACGCCCCUUCCCUGGCCACAAACCCGCCGAGGCCCCCCUCUCUACCCGGCGGGCCUACCACAGGCGUCCCCCUGCUAAGGCUUGGGACAUCGAAACCGUACCUGGGAACCGCAAACACACAACAGACGGCAGACCCGGAAGAACUUAUCCCAGUGUUGACCACACCCCCUGGCUAGGGGCAGGGCUUCCGGCCUCGAACUUUUACUUCCGCUUCCGGUUCCUAGUGUUAACUGCGACCGAGGUUCAGCGCUCGGGUGAGAAGCUGGUGGCGUCGGCAGGUUCCAGACGGUUCGAGGCGAUUCGAGCUCCAGCUAGGAUGAUCGAGGUUGUUUGCAACGACCGUCUGGGGAAGAAGGUCCGCGUUAAAUGCAACACGGAUGAUACCAUCGGGGACCUUAAGAAGCUGAUUGCAGCCCAAACUGGCACCCGUUGGAACAAGAUUGUCCUGAAGAAGUGGUACACGAUUUUUAAGGACCACGUGUCUCUGGGGGACUAUGAAAUCCACGAUGGGAUGAACCUGGAGCUUUAUUAUCAAUAGAUGAUAAUCUUCCUGCCCCUCUUUCCUCUCCCAUCCUCAUCCCCCACACUGGGAUAGGUGCUUGUUUGUAAAAACUCACCUUAAUAAAGACUUAGAUGUUG